UCAAUCCACGAGCUGGCUCCGAACAUGGUGAAAACAUACAUCCUCGCUCCUAACUGGACAACAGCUCCCCCGCCAGAUGGGCCGAUUCAACUUGGUCAUGUUCUGGACGACUUGACCGAAUUCGUUCCCCUGAACCGCCGCAGUGUGCCUGAAAUACCGGAGGAUGAUAUGAACCCUGUCGAUACCAAGACUGGCUUCAAAACAUCCCGAAGCGAGCUUUUAUCUGGCGAGCUCGGUGUUUUUGCCCGAAUUUUUGGCCUAGUUGGCAUCGGAGCAGGGACUGGCGUCUUCUACGAGAAGGACAAGAGUGAUGUCUUAACCUGCAAGGCACUGGACACAGUGACUUUUGAUCCCACGCCAGAAUACAUUGCCAAAAGCGUCAAUGUGCCACAAGUCAGCCGUUAUAUGAAGCUCCGCCGAUACAAGGAUCCCGUUUACAUGAUAACCGGGCUCAAGAUCGGUCGUGAAUGCUCCCUUCAGAGCAGCCAGAACAGAAGCAAAGGCGUCAAGCUGGACGGUGGCCUGAAUGCCCCGGCAACCCCCUGCCAGACUGGCUUUGAGGCCAGCCUGUCAACCGCCGCCAGGCAAGGCGAAAGCUGGGAAGGCUCCACUGAUUUCAUUGUUGCUUUUCGCGUCAAGAAAAUCUGGUGCCAUCAAGGAGAGCUGCGGAGUAGAACGCACCAAGACAAGGCUGUGAUGCAGAAUGGAGGAGCUGUGAAGGCCGAAAGUGCCGUGGUGCUGAUGCAUGAUGAUGAUGUCACUCUUGACAAUGUAUUUAUUGACAAGCAUUUGACUACAGAGACGGAGGCUGAGAAUGGCGAAGACGUGGUUUGGAUCGUCCCAAAGGUCGAUCAAGACUUGUAG